AUAUGUAUUCUACAUUAUCCUCAUUAUUAGCAGCCGGUUCCUUUCCAAUUUCCAUGCAUUAGUCUUCCUCAUUGAAAGCAUCAGUCCGCAUCUUUCUUGACCUGUCUACACUAGUUGAGAGAGCUAGCUGCGAGGCAUGACAAAAGAUGAUUAUGUUCCACUCUUCGAAACAAGGCCGUUUAAGGGACGGAUCCUUUUCAGGCUGUUCGCAGCUUCCAUCUUUGUGGGCAUCUGCUUCAUUUGUAUCUACAGAGUAAGGUUUCUCCCGGAGGAAGGAAAAGUUGAGAGAUGGACUUGGAUUGGGUUGUUUCUUGCUGAGCUAUGGUUCAGUUUUUAUUGGUUUCUCACCGCAGUUUGUAGAUGGGACUCUGUCUACCGUCUUCCUUACAAAGACAGGCUCUCUCAAAGAUUCGAUAAAGAACUACCUGGCGUAGAUAUAUUUGUAUGCACGGCGGAUCCACUGAUAGAGCCACCGAGCCUGGUGAUCAACACAGUGUUAUCAGUGAUGGCUUAUGAUUAUCCGCCAGAGAAGUUAAGCAUCUAUCUAUCAGACGAUGGAGGGUCAGACUUAACGUUUUAUGCCAUGUUAGAGGCUGCAACUUUCUCGAAGCAGUGGCUGCCCUUUUGCAAGAAGUUCAAAGUAGAACCAAGGUCGGCCGAGGCUUACUUCAGGACGGCUUUUGAGCCGCGAGAAGAUCCUGUCAAGGCCAGAGAGUGGCUUUCAGUAAAGAAACUAUACGAGGACAUGAAAAUGAGGAUUGAAACCACCACAAAGUUGAACCGAAUUCCUGAAGACAUUCGUAAACAACACAAAGGAUUUCGCGAAUGGGACUUUGUUUCAAGCAAACAUGAUCAUCAAACCAUUCUUCAAAUCCUCAUUGAUGGGAGAGACCCCAAUGCGGUUGAUGUUGAAGGAAGGCCUCUGCCAACUCUUGUGUAUUUGGCACGAGAGAAGAGACCCCAAUUUCACCACCAUUUUAAAGCUGGAGCCAUGAAUGCUCUUAUCAGGGUAUCAUCAAGGAUAAGUAAUGGUCCAAUCAUUCUCAAUGUGGAUUGUGAUAUGUACUCGAAUAAUUCAGAAUCGAUCAAAAAUUCUUUAUGCUUUUUCAUGGAUGAAGAGAAGGGAGAUGAGUUUGCCUACGUACAGUAUCCUCAGAAUUUUGAAAAUCUCACCAAAAAUGAAUUGUAUGGUGGUUCUUACCGAGUAAUACAAAAGUUGGAGUUUCCAGGACUUGACGCAAAUGGAGGACCAUGCUAUAUUGGCUCUGGAUGCUUUCACCGCAGAGAGGCUCUUUGUGGGAAGAAAUAUGACAAAGACUGUAAGGUUGAUUGGAAGAGACUACAUGAGAGAAAGGUUAAAGAAAGUGCAAGCGUCCUAGAAGAAACAUGUAAAGUUCUUGCAAGCUGUACCUUUGAACAGAACACACAAUGGGGAAAAGAGAUGGGAUUAACAUAUGGCUGCCCUGUGGAGGAUGUAAUUACAGGAUUGACUAUACAAUGUAGAGGUUGGAAAUCUAUCUACUUAAUUCCUCAAAGAGAAGAUUUCUUGGGAGUUUCUCCAACAACAUUAUUGCAGAUGUUAAUACAACAUAAGAGAUGGUCGGAAGGUCACUUACAAAUAUUCCUGUCAAGGUACUGCUCCCUGUUGUACGGACAUAAAAAGAUUCCUCUAAAACUUCGACUUGCAUAUUGUCCUUACAACUUGUGGGGCGCAAACUGCUUGGCAACGUUGUACUACGUUGCUGUGCCAUGCCUUUGCCUGCUUAGAGCCAUCUCAUUGUUUCCUAAGACAUCAAGCCUCUGGGUGCUUCCAUUUGCAUAUGUUGCCUUUGCACACCGCGCAUAUAGCCUUGGAGAAUUCCUAUGGUGCGGAGGCACAUUCCAAGGUUGGUGUAACGAUCAAAGGAUGUGGAUGUUCAAAAGAACAACUUCCUACUUCUUUGGCUUCUUCGACACCAUCUUGAAGCUAUUAGGGUAUUCAAAGGCAGCCUUUGUCAUCACGGCCAAGAUAGCUGACGAUGAAGUCUUGAACAGAUAUGAGCAAGAGCUGAUAGAGUUCGGUGCUACUUCACCAAUGUUUGAUAUUUUAGCAACACUUGCAAUGCUCAAUCUGUUCAGCAGCUUGGGGGCAAUCAAGAAGGUCAUCUUGGAAGCUGAUCACUCCAAGGUUUUGGACCUAUUUGGGUUGCAGAUUCUCCUCUGUUUGCUUUUGGUUACUAUCAACUUCCCUGUAUACCAGGCACUCUUUUUCCGAAAGGACAAUGGUAGAAUGCCCAGUUCGGUAACUUACAAGUCCAUCGUUUUUGCCUUGCUGGUCUGUACACUAGCCAUGUAUUAAAUCACUACGCCAAUGAAAAAAAGAUAAAAGGGUACUUAUUAGUUCCGUUUUCCUUUCCAGAAUAAGGUGUAUUCUGAACUGAAAUAAUAUAUUGUUCUGUUUCAUGUCUAAGGGUAUGUUAAAAUAAAUGAAUUUCACAA